AUGCUGAAAGAACCACCGUGGUGGCAAAUUGGACGACCUCUUCGUCGUCCGUUUAGCUUGAAAGCAACCAUCUUCACCUAUGUCCUCAUCUUGCUCGUCAUGUCAGGCGUCAUCGUCGUUACUAUCCUCACAAAGGGGUACAACUUGUUGUGCGAGAGUAAGAUGUACGAGAGCACGGAUCCACGGAUAAACAACGCGACCAUUUUCGAUUCUUGUAAACCGACGUCUGUCUAUCCCGGACAGACCUUUUUCGCGCGGAACAACAUGUUCGUCUACGAAGCGCUUGCAUUGGGAAACAUGACGAAACCCCAUGCUCUCACAAACUGUUCACUGUUAGACGGGUCGUACGUCUCGUCGUUGAACUUUCCCGCCUCUAAUCCCAACGUCAAAUUCGGCAUGAAUUUUAUUUGCAACACGACCGGCGUCUCGUCAAAGGACCACCCGAUAACAGAGUAUGCUGGGACGUCGCUAUAUCCCAAUAUGAUUGCAUUGGGCAUCAAGGAGCUCAAGAUAUCCGAAAUUGACCCCGAAAACAAAUGGAGAAGCGAGCUCAUCAAGAUUGGAAAACGGUUCAAAGACAGCGACUGGGUAUGCGAUCUGGAGAAAAUCAUUGGCUUUAACAUCUACACCCGCAAAAACGAGUUUACUAUCAACUACAUCUCGGACAAUGUCAACGGUUCUGUUUGCUCUACGACCGGAGAUGUGGACAAUGAUGACUUUGGGUCUAUCCUUACGUUUUUCAAUCACACCAUCGACUAUGCAAUGACAGACUUCAAGUCGCUCUCCCCCCUUCCGAAUCUCAUCUUUGAAUGCCCACGGUGCGCCAAGGCGAGAAUUCCGAUAGAUCAGCUUGCCUGGAACAUUGCGGUCGGCCUAGGAUCAACAUGGAGCGUCAUGCUUCUCCUCACUACGACUUUUGUCGCGCGUACGACAAAUUCUUAUGACCGAACGUACGACAUCUGGGUCGAGGCUGUCCAGAUGGCACAGAGUAAACCUGAUACGCCCGCGUUUCCUCCGUCUCCCUAUGGGAGACUACAUAAACAGGCAUCAGAAUCCGAAGCGAACCAGUAUUUAUUAUCCAAAACUGAUGAUAUGCAGAGACGAUGA